AUGGCCUAUCCCACCGUAGCUCCGCCCAACUUCACCACCGUCGAAUGCCAUAAACAAGUCCGUUCAUGGCGGCUCCUCCGCUCCAUCUUGGAGCUACUCAUCCAAGCCUGCACCUGUACCCUAGUUGAAAAACAAGAUUACAACGACGUCGACGACAGUUAUCCAAUUCAUUCUUACCACCAUCGCAAAUCUUCUUCUUUAGUAUUCCCCACCGCCGCCACCGCCAUCACCGGCACCAUUUUUGGGUCACGCACCGGAAAAGUCAACUUCUGUAUCCAAACAAACCCUAAAUCGCAAACCCCAAUCCUCCUUCUUGAACUCACAAUCUCCACCACCUUUCUGGCUCGUGAAAUGAAAAGUGGCAAUCUAAGAAUCGCCCUUGAGUGCUCUACCUCUUCAUGUAGUGAUCACAAAUCUCUGCUGUCUAUACCAUCAUGGACCAUGUACUGUAAUGGAAAAAAAGUAGGGUUUGCAUUCAAGAGGCAGCCAUCGUCGAGUGAUAUCAAGGUUUUAAAGCACAUGGAAACUGUGCAUGUGGGUGCAGGAAUUAUAAAGGCCAAAGAAGUUGAACGUGAAGAAGACAUAAUGUAUCUAAGGGGAUUCUUUAAUCGGGUUACUGGUAAAUCCAUGACUCGAUCGGAAACCUUCCAUUUGAUCGACCCAGAUGGUAAUAUUGGUCAAGAACUCAGCAUAUUCUUUUUCCGACCGCAAUGA